AUGCACCCUCUUCGAGUUGCAUCUAGUAUUGCCCUUGGAGCUGUGGCUUCUGUUCUUGCUUUGUUGCUGCCCUUCCUCUGGCUCAGUGGCGGACCCAGGAUUUUUAAUAAGGGGGCGACGACUUUGACAAAGACAAUAAUUGAUGCCUUAAUCUCGGUGAAUAUCACAGGAGUUUAUGGGAUUUCAAGAUGCCUUUCAAUGGAAUAUGUUAUCCUUUAUGUAACCGUGAGGAAACUAUAUGGUAUGUAUGCUGAAAAUGCUUCUGAGAGAAUGAAUCUCUACAUCAAAGCCCUCCAUUCUCGAAAUGAAGAAAUAGCUAUGGAGAUCCUAUCUCAAGCCAUAACAAUUUCCCGAGCAGGAUCCAAGCUUCUUCACAGUAUCAAACUCUUAGAGGGAAGUUUACAGUGGGAGAAACCUUGGCUAAGAUUCAUAAUUCCCUGUUUCACUGAUCCUGGAAAUGGUUUACAUGAUAUAGAAAGUCCAAUGAAAGGAAUGGAAAUUGUCUUAACUUCUUCACCUUGUUUUCAAACUACAAUGAUAGAUGAAGAGCUCAUACUCGUCUCACAUUGCGUGCUACACCUUCUCUGUCUAAAACAGGAGCAAGCUCGUCGUCUUUUGCCAUCCAAUUCAAUGAUAACUCCAGAAAAAGAAGUGGACCUGGUAGAGGGACCUGAUCCCACGAUUAACGCUGUCAAGGGCAAGAAAGUAGAGUACAACUGUAAAGUUGCAAAAACUGCAGAGAUUGAUGGGCACUGCAGCAGAGGGCUUACAUUGGCCAUCAGCUUUGAAACAGGAAAAAUAGCAAUUUUUACGGUUGCAAAGGCUCGAGCACAAGGAACAGCUCUAGGAUGUCUAUGGAAAAAGCAGAGGCAUUUGAAUUCUCAAGUAGAAAAGUUGCAAAAGUUCAUAGUAGAUGCAAAGUUGGAACCUGGUUUCUGGUUUACGCCUUUUCCUGUUUCUUGCUACAAAAAGCUUCAACGAUCUCUAUCAAACGUCAUGCACUUACUGCAUUUCAUGGCCUACAGUAUAGAAUCCCUCACACAAGCAUUAGAUAGUUGUGAUGCUGAUGGAAAGAAGAUUCAUGAGCACUUAAAUCAAGACAGACAGAUUCUCAAGGAAGCGAUAAGCUCUUCAAUGAAAUGUAUUGAUAAAACCAUUUUUAUCGGACUGCCAAGAACUUUCCAAGAUCAACCAGAAGAUCGUAAAAUUGACCUUGAGGAGAGAAAGUCACAACGCGAGUAUACAACUACUUCUACGAGCGAUAAGGAAUGGAAAGCUUUAGGUGAUUUUCUUGAGCACUCAAAGGAGGUUAUUGAUAACAUGACAUCCAUUAAAGGCAAAGAAGAAGAGAUUAUUAGAAAGGUGAUUCUUUGUUUAUGCUCUAUAGGAUUUUGCAUGAGUUGUUUGAUGAGAGAAGUAAAAGACAUAGAGAAGGAUAUAAAAGAAUUGGUGAAUUGGAACAUCCAUUAG